AUGUCUACAACAUCCUAUGCAUCCUCGUCGUCUUCGACGCUAAGCAGCAGCCAGCUCCGCCGCCACCCCGCGAGCCUCAUCCCCAAGCUGGUCCACAAUCCGGCCCUUACCGACCUGAUGAAGUGCGCCGUCAGCCGCGACAUGGUCGUCUACCUCGCACAGCAGGCCGCCCACGUCAUCCAGUGCGGGCCUCCGCCUUCGGUCGACACGCCGCCGGCCACGCCGACAAGGUCGCUUGCGUCCGCCGAGGCGGAUCCGGCAGGCAAGCUCGAGAUCAACGGGCUCCCCAGCCUCGAGACCUUCAUCGCCAUCCUGGUCGAGAAGAGCAAUGUCCAGGUGCCCACCCUCCUCUGCACCCUCGUCUACCUCGAGAGGCUCAAGACGCGCCUGCCGCGCGUCGCCAAGGGCAUGCACUGCACGCGCCACCGCGUCUUCCUCGCCGCCCUCAUCGUCGCCGCAAAGUACCUCAACGACUCUUCGCCCAAGAACAAGCACUGGACCAAGUACGCCGCCCUCUUCUCCCAGGCCGAGGUCAACCUCAUGGAGAAACAGCUCCUCUACCUGCUCGACUACGACCUCCGCAUGGAGGAGGACGAGCUCAUGGUCCACUUCGAGCCCUUCUUCCGCCGCUUCGAGACCCGUGCCGAGGCCGGCCAGCGCGAGAUGCACCUCCGCGGUCUCGAGUGCGGCCGUGAGCGUGAGCGGUACGCGCGUGCCAGCGAGCGCCGCGUGGCCCUCCGCAACCUGCCCGCGUCCGAAGUGCCUUGCUGGAACCAGCAGGACGACGUCCGCGGCAGCCAAGCACGGUCAUCGUCGUCUCGCCACAGCCAGGCACCCCCCUCGCCCGCCUCGGCGGCGUCGUCGUCUUCACCUCUCGAGCCUUCGUCGUACCACGUCGCGUCCGCAGCAUCCGCCCACGCCGCUGCGUCGCGCAACUCGGCGAUGAUGAUGCGACAGGACUCGGCAGAGUCGAGCCUCAGCAGCGGGUCUUCCGAGGCCGAGCUGACCGACGACAACGGCUCGUCGUCGUCGUCGGCCGAGGACUACGACGACUACGAGGACGACUACCUGGAGCAAGAGGGGCUCGAUGCGCGGAUGCAGCAGCACACCGUCUCGAUGCCCGUCAGCCGGUCGCAGCCCGUCAUUGUCGCCGACGACCUCGAGCACGGCAAGGCCGGGUCCACCAUGGGGCGGUACAUCUCCACCGCCCUCUCGGCAGGGCUCCGGAAAGGGCACGAGACGCAGCAGCCGAGCCAGGCGCACCUGCCCGCAUCUCACUCGAUGCGCAGCGUGCGGAGCAGCUCCAACCUCCUCGCGCGGAUGCUCGGACACCAGUCCUCGGCGGCCUACUAG